AUGGAACAGAAACGUCGGAUCGAUUGUUUUCAAGACGGCGUUGUGAGGUACUUUGAGGAGGAACUUGGUGAUAUGUCGUACCUCAAAGGAGUUUUAAAAAUAGGUUUUCCAAUGGCAAUGUUUUUAAGUGGAAUUGGGUAUGACAAAUACGGCGAUUCAGACGUAGAAAAGGUCACAAAAGAUGAUGUGUUCAAAUAUUUAAAAAGAAUUGAAAUUGGGUCAAAGGGUAAACAACACGAGGAGGAUAUUAAAAGUCUUUCAUUCUGUGCGAACUGUCCUUUAACGACUCUUUAUAUCACAAAUAGAGAAACUCCGUUGAGUUACGAGGUGGUCUCACAAAAGCUUCAAACACUUAAAGUCGAAUCUUCAAAAUUCAAUUUCGAUGCGAUUUCGUUGAGGUGGCCAAACCUUACGAAGCUCAUUAUCAGAAAAUGCGGAGUUCCGUCGAUACCUCCGUUUAUCUUCACAAAAGAAAAUUUCCCUCAUCUGAAAAUUUUGGAUCUGCAAGACAACAAAAUAGAAGUACUUGAAAACAUCGAAGAACGACCUCUUGAUCAACUAAACGUUUCUAAAAACAAAGUUAAAAAAAUACGUGUUGUUGUUCCUCCCUCAAUCUCACUUUUAAAUCUUUCACACAACAAUUUGACAACCCUUCGUGACGUCUGUUUAUUUUACAAUCUCCGAGAGAUCGACCUCUCAAAUAAUCAGAUUGUAAUUGACGAAACGGUGAACGGCGUUUUCAAUAAAAUGUUUACACUGACACGUGUCAACUUCAAAAACAACAACUCGCCAAACUAUAAGGACUUUCUUCUUCGUAAUUUACCGUCGAUUGAGUUUGGGCAAGAUCUCUAUAUUGAUGGAGAGAAAGUCAAUUUGGAGGAAAUUGAGAAUACGCUUUCAAAGAUUGCAACCUCAACACGUGUACAAUUUGAUAACACAAUCUCCGAGGAUUUCUUUGUUGAGAAAAUGAAAGAGGCGGAACGAACGGACACAAAAGCUUUGAAAAUUGAGAAGGAGAGUGACGUUUUGGAAAUCACCUCUGAGGCCAAACGCGAAAUGCGGAAACGGGGGAAUUCCAAAAUCUCGGUUGGGAAGGGGAACAUGAGUUGCUUAAUCAAUUUUAAUGAGGAAGACGCGGACUACGUUAUUAAAGAGAUUUACAAAAUCGUCGAGAGGAACGAGAAUAAGAAGAGGAAGGAAACCAAGGAGGUGAGACGUGAAGACGCAACACCAAGUUUUAAGGAGCAAGACUUAGUGUUGAGUGAUGUCAGUGACAAGGCAUCAUCAUCUGCCAGACCCGACAGUUUGAACGAAAAUUUGAUUAAAAAAGUGAAAGUCACAUUGUCAACAUCCAGAAUUAACGUCAACGACGGACAUGAAAUCACUGGAGAAGACACAAGUUCAGACUCUGUCGAUGUGAACGGUAAUUCUGACGAUUUGAUCGAAUAA